CACCGCGCGACUGUCUACUUAAAUAAGAAGCUUUAUGUAAAAAACAACAACAUUUCAGUGCAAAAUAAAACGAUACGUUGCACAUAAGUGCAUUGAAAGGUACAUCUAUAAGUCCGCAAGUUAAACUACUGUACGAGGUGACACAAUGGCAGUGUUGAAAUGGUGGCAUGUAAUGUUAUUUUUGUGUAUAACGCAAUUUCUCUACGGGUCGUACUGUGACGACGAGGAAGAAAUCGACAAUUGUAUAGCAGACGUAUUGCGCUUACAGGCUAUGGUUACCGGUUACGACCACCACGAAUACGACCGUCAAAGUUUGGAAAAGAAGUCGCUCGACGAUUUGCAGCAAAUAAUAGCCCACUUGUAUGACGAACUGGAAUGCGGAUAUUUUUUCAGCGCUCAGUUGCAUUUGAACUUGACGGGCAGUGCGGUUUUCUACACCGGCGAUACCGGCGUUCUCACGUCGAAGACGGUUGGGGAUUUUUCGUUCUACGAAGAGGCGACCAUGAUGAUCGAUUCGUUGUUGGAUCCGAAAGACGGUCGGGUAAACGAUCUAUGGAUACUUUUCGUAUACGCCCGUCAAAUAAGAGUUUUCUUCGCGCAAUACGUCAACGGCGGCGGUGGUGCGUUGAAUUAUAAAAUUAUCAACGAAAACCAACAUAUGCACGAUUACGUGCUAUCCGUAAUAGACGGACGCGUUGCGGAAGGGUGCGCGUUCGAAAACUAUUUCAACAUGAAAUUCGAAAAGCACUUGUCAAUUGCAGACGAACGUCCGUCUUUUGUUCGGACAAAAGAAACGGCUCGCGUGAUUGACACGAUUCGACGGAACAAACACUUACUGAACGAAAACUUCAAAAGCAACUGGGCCAACCAAUCGUUGCAGUUCUCGAGGUCCGAAUCGUUUGCGUACGGCUUGUUGCUCUUCCGCGACGAGCAGACAUUCAAAUUGUUUCUCGACGAAUUCUUGGCCGCGAAGUCCGAACGCAUCGACGUACGGUUUCCGGAUUUCGCCGCCGGACUUACAAUAAAAUCGUUCGGAGAGUACCUGCAUCGGAUAAUCGACAUGUUAAAAAUAAUAAUGUUGCAAAUAACAUUGUCGUAUGUGUCUCGACUUGCUGAAAUUGCUGAUUCCGGCGACGUUUUAGUGCACGCGCAGAACUUCGACGAUGAGGUCUUAGUCAUGUUUAUUGUUCUAAUGGUGUUGAACGACGACACGGAAUUUAAAAGCAUCUACGAGAACUACGUGUACUGUUACAUAACACUGUUGACGUACGCGAAAGUUUUCGACGAACAGCGUUUUCGACAAUGCAAGUCGGAACUUAACAAAUCCAUUGAUUAUUUGACUUGGGAUAUUAGAAGAGACUAUAAUUUACCUACGAAAAUCAUAUCGGCCGUGACCGAUAGUGACAAAUCAUUAAGCGACAUUCUUGAAGUGGGCAAACGUUUUGUCGAUAAGAUCAAAAACGAUAUUGGAGAACAUUCUAUCAGGUUGGUGCAAUCGUUUUUGAAAAUGAUCAACGAAAAAUACACAUCAGUUCUACCGCGUCGCUAGGCUCUAACUGCAAGGCGUUCCAGAAAGGUUUCUUUUAUUAAAACUUAUAACAUGUAUUAUUAUACAAUCAAAAAAAUAAUUGUUCGUGUCACAAUCAAGGUACAUUUGAAUUAUUUAUAUUGCACAUAUAUUUUUUUAUUUCGGUUAAGUUAGGUUAGGUUGAAUAUGAAAAUGAAUACAAAU